AUGGCGCAGAUGCGUAUCUUCCAAGCCGAGAUCGUCGGAAACAACGUCGAGAUCAUCUUCGAGCUCAACAUGAGGACCUUUUGCCUGUCCGUGGCCCCGAUGCGCAAGAACGCCUCGCCGUCCCACCUCUACUUCACCCAGACCUGCAACGCCCUGGUGCAGCUCGUGCUGCAGACCAACGGGGGCAACUGGCACUUGUCCCGCGGCCAGACCCAGAUCCACGACACCCUGGCCAACAUCCCCAAGCCGGAGCUGCUCGCCCUCUGCUGCACGUCGCUGCGCCCCGGCCGCCUGCAGCUGUACCUCUCCCGCGAGCCGCGCCGCUGCGAGCUGCGCCAGGACGACCUCAGCGGCGAGCCCGUGCUGCGGCUGACCAAGACGAGCCGCGUGCUGCCGGACCCGGAGAGGCAGGCGCUGGGCGGCGAGGACAGACACUUUGCGAGCAUGUACGCGUCCGACGCGGGGAUGGGCUGCGUCUCGGCGAACGAGGUCUCCGUGACGUCGACGACGAGCAUCUCGCCUGCGCGCAUCUGCGGCGACGUGUACCGGACGGACGCCGCCGGCGGAGCGGCGGCGGUGACGUAUCACUGCAUAGCGGCGCGAGACGCCGGCGUAAGGGGGGCGCGGCGGUGGGCGUGUCCGCAGCGGCGACAGCUGGUGGCUCGGCAGGCGCUGCAAGCCGCCUGCGCAGCAGAACCCGAUGACGACGACGGAGGGGGUUGCAUCCGGGUGCCGGCGUUACUAGCCUACCUCUACGACGACGAUGACGAGGAGGAGGAGGAGGACGGGGAGGUGCGGAGGAGCCGCGUCAUGGGUGGGCUGUACCGGCGGAUCGAGGGCGGCGUGCCGUUGCGCGUGUUCCUGGCGGCGGCGGCGGGUCGCGGAGAGCCCAAGAUGGGGGCUGUGUCGGCGGUGGCGACGGAGGUGGCCGGCAUGGUGGCCGGGUUGCACCGGCGCGAGUUCGUCUGGGGCGGCGAGUCGGAAGAGAUGGAGGGGGACGCGGAGAGGAGGACUCUGAUGGACUGUCUGGUGGUGGACAGGCAGGGGCAUGCGUGGCUGGUGGACGGCUUCGGGGCCGGGUAUCACCAGGAGGCGCUUCAGAGCGAUGACAGGGCGGUGAUGGCGCUGCUGAGCCAGAUGAAGCUGUAUUUUCCGGAGGAUGAGGAGGGGGGGUGA